CGCUACAUUUGAAAUCAAACAGCCAAAGUGAAAACACUUCAGCAAACGAAAAAUAAAGCUUGCAAUUCAGAGUGACAGUUGAAAACCGAAAAGUCUUUACCAAGUGAAGUAGAAAAGGAAAAACUCAAAAAAUUGAAUUAAGUGAAAACUAUCCAUAAGAACACGCAGCCAAGUUUAAGCCAUAAAGCAAGAGAAACAGCCAAGAUGCCAGCCAUUGGAAUCGAUUUGGGCACCACGUACUCCUGCGUGGGUGUCUUCCAGCACGGAAAGGUGGAGAUCAUCGCCAACGACCAGGGUAACCGUACCACACCAUCGUACGUGGCUUUCACGGACUCGGAGCGCCUCAUUGGAGAUGCCGCCAAGAACCAGGUGGCCAUGAACCCGAAAAACUCGGUCUUCGAUGCCAAGCGUCUGAUUGGACGUCGUUUCGACGAUUCCAAGAUCCAGGAGGACAUGAAGCACUGGCCGUUCAAAGUAAUCAACGACAAUGGCAAGCCAAAGAUGAGCGUCGAGUUCAAGGGAGCGGAGAAGCGCUUCGCUCCUGAGGAGAUUAGCUCGAUGGUGCUCACCAAAAUGAAGGAAACUGCAGAAGCCUACCUGGGCACUGCAGUGAAGGACGCUGUCAUCACCGUGCCGGCCUACUUCAACGACUCCCAGCGCCAGGCAACAAAGGAUGCUGGCGCCAUCGCUGGACUCAAUGUGCUCCGCAUCAUCAACGAGCCAACCGCGGCCGCACUGGCCUACGGCCUGGACAAGAAUCUGAAGGGAGAACGUAAUGUGCUUAUUUUCGAUCUGGGCGGUGGUACCUUUGACGUCUCCAUCUUGACGAUUGAUGAGGGAUCUCUGUUUGAGGUGCGCUCCACGGCCGGAGACACCCAUCUAGGUGGCGAGGACUUUGACAACAGAUUGGUUAACCACUUUGCCGAGGAGUUUAAGCGCAAGUACAAGAAGGAUCUGCGCUCCAACCCACGAGCACUACGUCGCCUUCGCACGGCAGCCGAACGCGCUAAGCGCACCCUUUCCUCCAGCACGGAGGCUUCUCUGGAGAUUGACGCCCUUUUCGAGGGACACGACUUUUACUCCAAAGUGAGCCGCGCCAGAUUCGAGGAACUGUGCGGUGACCUCUUCCGCAACACACUGGAGCCAGUAGAGAAGGCACUCAAUGACGCCAAGAUGGACAAGAACCAGAUCCAUGACAUAGUCCUGGUUGGAGGCUCAACUCGUAUUCCCAAGGUUCAGAACCUGCUACAGAACUUCUUCGGCGGAAAGAGCCUAAACUUGUCAAUCAAUCCGGACGAGGCAGUUGCCUACGGAGCAGCCAUCCAGGCAGCCAUUCUGUCGGGCGACGAGAGCAGCCAGAUCAAGGACGUCCUACUGGUCGAUGUUGCCCCGCUAUCGUUGGGCAUCGAAACCGCUGGCGGCGUAAUGACCAAGCUGAUUGAACGCAACAGCCGCAUUCCGUGCAAGCAGUCCAAGACCUUCACCACGUACGCCGACAACCAGCCGGCGGUGACCAUUCAAGUGUUUGAGGGCGAGAGGGCUCUCACCAAGGACAACAAUGUGUUGGGCACCUUCAAUCUGACUGGCAUUCCGCCCGCACCCAGAGGAGUGCCCAAAAUCGACGUUACCUUCGAUUUGGACGCAAACGGUAUCCUGAAUGUGACCGCCAAGGAGCAGGGCACUGGAAACGCCAAGAACAUAACCAUCAAGAACGACAAGGGUCGUCUGUCGCAGGCGGACAUCGACCGCAUGCUCAGUGAGGCGGAGAAGUACGCCGAGGAGGACGAACGCCAUCGCCAGCGGAUCUCCGCCCGCAAUCAACUGGAGAGCUAUGUGUUCAGUGUAAAGGAGGCGGCCGAAAAUGGUGGCGAUCGCAUCAGUGCCACCGACAAGAGUACUAUUCUGGAGCGCUGCAGCGAGGCGGUGAAGUGGUUGGACAGCAACACCACCGCCGAGAAGGAGGAGUACGAGUACAAGCUGAAGGAACUGACCCAGUUCUGCAGCCCCAUCAUGACCAAGAUGCACCAGGGUGGUGGAGACGGGCAGCAGGCUCCAAACUGUGGACAGCAAGCAGGCGGUUACAAGGGUCCCACUGUCGAGGAGGUGGACUAAUUCAAACAAAGUCCCCUUAUGUUGAUCUCAUAACCAAAAAUACUCGAGUAUCUAAAAAUAUCUUAGUUCCAAUAUGCUAUUAAGUAGUAUUAAUAAAUAUUAUUUAUAACUUGCCAAAGCA